GCCCUUAGCGCGGCCAGAACGUCGUCCUCCAAUUCGAUUAUUCCUCUACGCUCUCUGACAUAGAGGCGCAGAGCGAGCAGAGGGUGGACGACAGUGCUUGCCAUCGUCAUUCGUUUUUCCUAGGUUGACUGUUAGCAGUGCCGUCGGCCGCUUUUCAACUUAUUGUGAGCCGCCCGCGCUCACCUGCGCAUUCAUUCGGACUGUUUCCCUGUAGAUAAGCAGUCAUACUCGUUGCUACGGAUGGACUGCGACGAUUCCGGCUCUUAGGCGCAAUUCGCACGUAGACCGCUACACCUGCUUCUGCCCUCGCGAUCUCUCCUGCGGCCUGGUUGCGAAAUCAGCAAAUCAAAAGAAUACAGUUUCGUUAACGAAAUAAUAUAUAACGGAAUCGCCAUGUUCUUCCUCUACGAAUUGGAGCGGGUCAUCACCCUCCAUCCGUCGUUCUUCGGGCCCCGCGUCAAAGAAUACUUGACAAACCGCCUUCUGGAGGAUGUCGAGGGCACAUGUACCGGUCAAUACUUCAUUAUUUGCGUUAUGGACACUUACGAUAUCUCGGAUGGUCGUGUCAUCCCUGGAAGCGGUGUCGCCGAAUACACCGUCCGAUAUAGAGCGGUUGUGUGGAGACCGUUCAAAGGAGAGACAGUUGACGCCGUUGUUAAUUCGGUUAACAAGAUGGGCUUUUUUGCUGACGUUGGGCCUCUACCUGUUUUCGUGUCUACCCAUUUGAUCCCCUCUGAGAUCAAGUACGAUGCUAACGCCACACCGCCUCAAUUUACCGACAACGGAGACCAAGUGAUUGAGAAAGGGACGCAUAUUCGCAUUAAACUCAUUGGUACGAGAAGUGACGUUGGCAGUAUGUACGCUAUCGGAAGUAUCAAAGAAGACUUCUUAGGGACUUUGUAAUAUUUUGUUUUCUUUUCCUUUGUUUCCGGGCAUUGGAGUCUUGCAUUAAAUCUGGCGGCCGAGAGACGGCUCUGCAGCCCACAUUGAGUAUCAAACUGGCGGACAGCUCACGCUUCAAAUUGAUGACUGGGAUGUUUCCCGGCAAUCGACACAAUAGAUCUUCGACCAUCAUCCAUAAAAGCAAAACUAACUACUUCGGCUUCUGUGUAAUUAAUAGCAUGUCCGGCAACCUUUGUUCGAUAGCCCUUAUACAAUCAGAUAUUUUCACAUCGGCUUGCCAAUACAACAACUUUAACCCAAGGGGCGCUUUUCUAGUCACACUCAAUAAUUUACUGGAAAUCAAUGGUUCUCGCCUUGAC